AUGUCUAUGAUCCCGACACCCCCGUCGACGACGCUAUCAGGACCGCCCUCUCCGACCGAAUUGUCGAGCGGCAACUUCGAUCUCGAUCUCAAUCUAUCUGAUAGCCACAACGACAACGACGAGCUGUCCACCAGCAUGCCCUCGUCCGCCGCCGCGCAACGCAUCAUCAAGACCACAACCACCACGAUCAGGCCGGUGAUGGUGCACCCGAAGCCAAUCUACGUGGUCGUCGCGACGAGCCUCAGUCCGUCCAUGGGGAUUGGUCAUCAAGGAGGUCUGCCGUGGCCGCCGAUCAAAGCGGACAUGGCGUUUUUUCGAAAAGUCACGACUCAUGUUCCGUCAUCAUCACCACUACAAACUAAAACUCGGACCCUCAACGCCGUUAUAAUGGGUCGCAAGACAUGGGAAAGCAUCCCUCCCAAGUUCCGCCCUCUCGCGGGCCGCUUGAACGUGAUCAUCACGCGAAGCAACUCCCGCGACAUGGGAUUUCGGAUCGCAGAAGACAUGAACUCCCGCAAUGCGGACGUGGAGUGGACGGUUGGUGAUAUCGGGUUGUCUGGGACACCAGCAGCCGAAGCGGCCCCAGCCACGAUUCUUGUCCCGUCAUCUGCGUCGGGACAAGCACAAGCAGAAUUCCAGACACAGAGACAGACACCAACACCAGUACCAACACCAGUCUUAAUAUCAUCGUCUCUUCAAUCCACUUUGGCCCUUCUAUCCUCCGACUCUCCUCUUGCUGUACCAACUCCCACCACUACUACGACUUCGACAAGCACAGCCACCAGCGCUGCUACCGGAACAAGGAAAUCUGAUCAAGAUCAAAAUCAAAAUCAAACCCAUAGCGAAGAUACAUCCAGCAUAUCAAUCCACAAGAUCUUCUGCAUCGGCGGCGCCGAGAUCUAUCGCCAGAUCUUGUCUCUAUCAGCCACUUCUACUUCUACGACGACAUCGACAUCCUCAAACACAUCUACAUCUACACCUACCCACAACAAUCACCAAGAAGAUAAAUCAUCUAUGGACACAACAAGUGGCCAAGCCAAGCUCAACACCAGCACAGACUGCAGCACUUAUCCAUGCCGCGACAGAGAAAAGGAACUCGACGGAGAAUUCGACGUGCGGAUCCUGCAAACCCAAGUCCGACGCAACAUCAAACCAACCAAAAGUACCACCAGUGAUAAAGGAGGUGACAGUAAUGGUAACCAAGAUACAGGAAUGGAUGUCGAUGUCGAUUUCGAAUGCGACACUUUCUUCCCCGACGCUCUACCAGCCGAGCCGAGUAUCGUCAAAUCCACCAACUGGAAAUCCAUACCCGCUCGACGGUUAAGGGAAUGGGUCGACGGCGUGGAUGUGCCGCAAUGGCAGGGGCAAGGCCAGGGAAAACUUGGAGACACGCAAACGACGCCAGGAGAAGACGUCGACGAUAACGGUCAUGAUGAAUUCGAUGAUGCUUGGUAUAGAGAUGAGAAAUCGGGGAUCGAGAUCCGCGUGGUCGGCUGGGAGAGACGAUGA